AUGUGGCCGCCGUCAGAGCCUCCAUCUUGUGGGAGCGAAACCAACACCUGGCUCCGAGAAGCAGAAGUAGCAGCAGCCACUGCGGCCGCCGAGGGGUUUCUCUGGCCAGUGUUGGUUACACCAUCUGCAAGCAUGGGGAAUAUUUUUGCUAACCUCUUCAAGGGCCUUUUUGGCAAAAAAGAAAUGCGCAUUCUGAUGGUUGGCCUGGACACUGCCAGAAAGACUACCAUUUUGUUUCAACUUCGUGGAAUAGUAACUACUAUUCCCACUAUAGGUUUCAACGUGGAAACUGUAGAGUACAAAAACAUCAGCUUCACCGUGUGGGACCUGGGUGGCCAGGAUAAGAUCCAGCCUCUGUGGCACCACUACUUCCAGAACACACAAGGUCUGAUCUUUGUGGUCGACAGCAAUGACCAAGAGCGUGUGAACAAGGCCUGCGAGGAGCUCAUGAGGAUGUUGGCCGAAGAUGAGCUCAGGGACGCUGUCUUACUAGUGUCCCCUAACAAGCAGUAUCUCCCCAAUACCAUGAACACUGCUGAAAUCACAGAUAAACUGGGAUUGCAUUCUCUGCACCACAGAAACUGGUACAUUCAGGUCACUUGUGCCACCAGUGGGGAUGGGCUGUACAAAGGACUGAAAUGGCUGUCCAAUCAGCUCUGA